AUGAAUAAGGGUAGAGAAGAGAAAUGGAGCACAGACCGUACUCGUGCUUUGGAUCAAUGUCCCCAGAAGCAAGGAGUAUGCCCAUGUGUUUCGACAAUAACACCGAAAAAACCUAAUUCAGCUCCACGUAAGAUAACCAAAGUACGAUUGAGCAAUCGACAUGAUAUAUUUGCUCACAUUCCGGGCGAAGGUCAUAAUUCGUAGGAACAUUCUAUGGUGUUAAUAAGAGGAGGUAGAGUGAAAGAUUUGCCAUGUGUGAAAUCCCAUUGUAUUCGAGGAGUCAAGGAUUUGUUGGGAACUCCAGAUCGAAGAAGGGUAUCUAAAUAUGGUGCGGAAAGACCAAAAUCGAUAUGAAUGGAGGAUGCCUCUUGAACUUCUUUUUCUCGAAAAGUCUUUCAAUUGAGUUCGUCCCACGGCUGAAGAUCAGGU